GGGACUGAUUUAUUUCUUUUGAAGAGAUUUUCCCCCCUUGUUUUUUUCUGUGUGUUUUUUGGGAUUUCAGGCAAAAAAAAUGAUGAGAAAUUCUUACCUGAAAAUGAAGACAGAAGAUGCAGUUUUGAGUGAUCAGAUUAGCACAGAUUUCAAGGAGAUGACAAAUGCUGCUAAGAAACUUGCUUCUGAUACUAUCAAACUUGGAGGUUUGGGAUUUGGCACCUCUUUUCUUCAAUGGGUUGCUUCUGUUUCUGCCAUCUACCUAUUGGUUUUGGAUCGCACAAAUUGGAAGACAAAUAUCCUCACUGGACUCUUAGUGCCUUACAUUUUCUUCAGUCUUCCUGGGCUGUUGUUCAACUUUCUGAGGGGACAAGUUGGGAUGUGGAUUGCUUUUGUUACUGUCAUACUGCGCCUUUUCUUCCCCCAGCGCUUCCCUGAUUGGCUGGAACUCCCAGGUGCUAUCAUUCUCAUCAUAGUGGUGGCUCCUGAUCUGAUUGCCUACACUUUCCGUGGACAUUUGGUCGGCGCAAUAGUAUGUUUAGCGAUUGGGGCCUACUUGUUGCAAGAACACAUUCGGGCCUCAGGUGGGUUUAGGAACUCCUUCACUAGGGCUAACGGCGUAUCAAACACUGUAGGCAUAAUCCUUUUGCUGGUCUUCCCAGUUUGGUAUCUGAUAACCUACUUCCUCUAAACUACUUAGAUUCUUCUCCCCGGCUUGUACAUCUGUUGACUGUGCUUGUACUGUUUACUACUCUGGUGUACUAUCCCUAUCUUUAUCAUUGAAUUUGUAAUUGCAUUUCUAAUUUUUGUGCUGGACAUGAUUUCAUUCGUGUGCAUUUUCGCUGUUUAAUGUCGAAUAAUAUUCUGUGGAUUGUUAAGCUUAUCACAUCAAUUCAUGGCUCUCUUCUUUUGUGAA